CUCGGGCGCCUUCGGAGCCCUCCGUCCGGCUGCGGCGGAGGCGGCGGGGGCGGCGGCUGGCCUCCCACGCGGCGGCGAUGCUGAGCUGUCGCGCCCAGGCGGCUAUGACCGCGGCUGACAGAGCCAUCCAGCGUUUCCUGCGGACCGGGACGGCGGUCAGAUAUAAAGUCAUGAAGAACUGGGGAGUUAUCAGUGGAAUUGCUGCUGCUCUUGCAGCAGGAAUAUAUGUUAUUUGGGGUCCCAUCACAGAAAGAAAGAAGCGCAGAAAAGGACUUGUACCUGGCCUUGUCAAUUUAGGGAACACCUGCUUCAUGAACUCACUGCUGCAGGGUUUGUCUGCCUGCCCUGCAUUCAUCAAGUGGCUGGAAGAGUUCACCACCCAGUACACAAGGGACCACAAGGAGCCCCCUCCACACCAGUACUUGUCCUUGACACUGUUGCACCUCCUGAAAGCUUUGUCCUGCCAAGAAGUCACUGAGGAUGAAGUCUUAGAUGCGAGCUGCUUGCUGGAUGUCUUAAGAAUGUACAGAUGGCAGAUCUCUUCCUUUGAAGAACAGGAUGCUCACGAGUUAUUCCAUGUCAUUACCUCAUCACUGGAAGAUGAGCGAGACCGUCAGCCGAGGGUCACACAUUUGUUUGAUGUGCAUUCCUUGGAGAAACAGUCAGAAAUAACUCCCAAAGAAAUAACCUGCUGCACAAGAGGGUCUCCUCACCCCUUGUCCCUUCACUGGAAGUCUCAGCAUCCUUUUCAUGGAAGACUUACUAGUAACAUGGUCUGCAAACACUGUGAACACCAGAGUCCUGUUCGAUUUGACACCUUUGAUAGCCUUUCACUCAGCAUUCCAGCUGCCAUGUGGGGUCAUCCACUGACCCUGGACCACUGCCUUCACCACUUCAUCUCAUCAGAAUCAGUACGGGAUGUUGUGUGUGACAACUGUACAAAGAUUGAAGCAAAAGGAACAUUGAACGGGGAGAAAGUGGAACACCAAAGGACAACUUUUGUUAAACAGUUAAAACUUGGGAAGCUCCCUCAGUGCCUGUGCAUCCACCUGCAGCGACUGAGUUGGUCCAGCCACGGCACGCCCCUGAAGCGGCACGAGCACGUGCAGUUUAAUGAGUUCCUGAUGAUGGACAUCUAUAAGUACCGCCUCCUGGGACACAAACCCAAUCAGCACAGCCCCAAGCUGCAGGAGAUGCCAGGGCCUGCGCUGGAGCUGCAGGACGGGCCUACAGCCCCCAAGCCAGUUCUGAAUCAGCCAGGGACCCCCAAAGCACAGAUUUUUAUGAAUGGCACCUGCUCCCCAUCUUUACUGCCCACCUUGCCACCCCCAGUGCCCUUCCCUCUCCCAGCUACUCCUGAUUACAGUUCCUCCAUGUACCUCUUCCGGCUGAUGGCAGUUGUCGUCCACCAUGGGGACAUGCACUCUGGACACUUUGUCACGUACCGACGGUCCCCACCUUCGGCCAAGAAUCCUCUCACAACCAGCAACCAGUGGCUGUGGAUUUCUGAUGACACUGUCCGCAAGGCCAGCCUGCAGGAGGUCCUGUCCUCCAGUGCCUACCUGCUGUUCUAUGAGCGCGUCCUAUCCCGCAUGCAGCAGCAGGGGCAGGAGUGCAGGGCUGAGGAGUGACUGCCCAGCCAGUUAGGGCCCGUGGCAUGGCCCACAACGUCCGGGACAAAAGCAAAGGCAUGUGUGUCCACAUGUGUGCGUGCACACCCAGCCCUCUAAAGCCCCUCAGCCUUCUGUGUGUUUGUCGGCAGGCUCCACACUGGAGCCAACCCUGAGCAGCUCUGCGUGUGUGCUGGAAGGUGUCCUCGAGUUAGGACAGUGUUCAUUGUCUCUAGAGCGUCUUUUACUCAUCGGAUACAGGUAAUUAAAAGAAACAGACUCCAGAAGCCACCUUGUCUAUAUUGUAAUAGCAGGAUGUUCUCAGAGAGGAGUUCUCUUUGUAUAAUCCUCUGAUGUUCAGCAUACAUCUUUUAUUUUUAAUAAGAAGGCCCAUACUAAUUGUU